AUGUCAACAAUUAAAAUUAGUUCGUUUUUUAAAUCCAUUUUUUCAACAAUAAAUGGUAAAGAUAAAAGUAUUAAUUUAAAUAAUAAUGACAAUAUAAAAAAUAAUAAUAAUAAUAACAGUAUAAAAAAUAAUAAUAAUAAUAAUAUAAAAAAUAAUAAUCCUAGUGAUAAUGAUAUAAAACCAACAGAAGGAGGGAUUGACGAUAUGACAUUAAUAACUGCAACAUCAUUAACAAUACCUCCAACUAAAGGUGGAGAUUAUAUUGAAAGCGAUACAUUAAAAUCAAUGUUAAUCAUUGAUGAUACAAAUGAUGAUAAUAGUAGUACCACUACAGUUGGUUGUGGUGACAAUAAUGAACAACAACAACAACAGCAACAACAACAAGAACAACAACAAGAACAACAACAAGAACAACAUGAAGAAUUUAAAAUACCUAUGAUUCAAAUUCAAACACCACAAAUAAAUGAUAAUAAUAUAGAAUGGCCAACGUGGUGCAAAGAUUAUGAAAAUCGGUAUGAUCUUAGACCAAUAUCAAGGAAUGGAUUAGAUGAUACAAGCAAUAGAUUAAAUUCAGGAUUCAAAGGUGAGAAUUUUGUCUAUCAAAAUACAAAAUUUGUUUCAAAAUUAUAUUGGAAGGGUAAUAGCCCAAUAUUUGGUGAUAUUGAAGUUGACCCUGACAAUAAUAAUAAUUUUGACAUAACAGCCAGUCCAACUAGUGGUGGUAUCAAACAAUUAAAUAUAAGAACAAGUUAUAAUGGUAUAGUAAAUGAAGAUGACGAUAGAAUGUUAUUGGGUAUUGUUUAUUGGAAAAACACAAGCGAAGGUCCACCUGGUUGUGUUCAUGGUGGUGCCUUGGCGAGCAUGUUUGAUGAUAGUAUGGCAUGCUGCAUAAGAUAUUUUUAUAAUAAUAAUUUUGAUGAUUUAAAUUUACAAAAACAAAAACAAAAACAAAAACAACAACAACAAGAACAAGAACAACCACAAGGAAAUAGGAAUGGUAUAGUUAUACCACCAAUUACAAAUUCAAAAACUUAUGUUGUAACAGCAAAUUUAUCAGUAAAUUAUAAAAAGUUUGUUGUAUUGGAAAGUUUUAGUUCGGUUGAAACAAGAAUUCAAAAAAGAGAUGGUAAAAAGAUUUUUAUAUCCUCAACUAUUAAAGAUCAAAAUGGUGUUAUUAGAGCCGAAUCAACUGCAAUUUGGAUCGUCGUAAAAAUUGAUACACCAAUUAGUACAACUUCAUCACCACCUUCAUUCCUUUCACCAUUACCUUCUCCAACUUCAAAUAAAUUAAAUGAAAAUAAAUUAAAUGAAAACGAAAAUAAUAAUAAUAAUAAUAAUAAUAAUAAUAAUAAUAAUAAUAAUAAUAAUAUUCAAUUUGAUAAUAAUAGUUGUAGUAGUAAAAAUUCAAAUUAA